GCUCGGCGAAACCGCGACAGUCCGACGCGAGCACCCGCCGGCCGAGUUGGCACCGUCCGACGAGACCUUCCGACGAGAAUAGAACGACCGCUUCCCGAACGGCGGAGGACCGCGGUGUCAGACGGGUCGGAAGGAAGCGGGGAGGUCCACCCUCGAGAGCGAUGACGGGCGGAAGCGUCGUCCUGGCCCUGUGCCUGGGCCUGUCCCUGGCGGCGCACGACUCCUUCCGCGUCAUCUUCCAGUGGAACUACGUGGACUUCGCCUGGCCCUCGGACGAGGCCCGACAGCGGGCGGUGGACCGAGGGGAGUACGUCCUCGCCAACAACCCCAUAGCCGGCAUCAAGUGCUGGAAGGGCAAGAUGUACCUGACCAUCCCCCGAUGGAAGGACGGGGUCCCGGUCACUCUGGCGGUUACCCCCUCCAGCCCCGUCAACGGCGUCACCGCUCCGCGGCUCGAGCCCUUCCCCAGCUGGGAGAUGCAGACCCUGGGAGACUGCGACGCCUUCCAGUUCGUCCAGAGCAUGGAGAUCGACCCGGCCGGGCGCAUGUGGGUGCUGGACACCGGCCGGACCGCCACCCAGACCCUCGAGGCCAAGGCCAGGUGUCCGCCCCGGCUGGUGAUCCUCGACCUGGAGAACGGCGGCGCCGUCCUGCGGAGCUUCCGCUUCCCCGCCGACGUGACGCCGCCGGACUCGGUCUACCUCAACGACAUCGUCCUGGACCACGAGGACGGGGGCGUCGCCUACAUCACCGACAGCAGCAGGGAGGACCCGGGCAUCGUCGUGUACUCGCUGGCCAACGACACCGCGUGGAAGGUGCGCCACGACUCCAUGAAGGCCAAGGCGGAGGCCGUGGGCUUCAUGGUGGCCAAGACGCACGUCAUCUCGCCCAUCAACGUGGACGGGAUCGCCCUGUCGCCGGCCGGCAGUCACGACCGGCAGGUCUACUACACCCCGCUGUCGUCCUUCCACCUCUACUCGAUCCCGGUCUCGGUCCUGAAGAACCGCACGGACAACGUCGACAGAUACGUCCGAGAGCUGGGCCGGAAGAACUCCCAGACCGACGGCAUGGCCAUGUCCAUGUCCGGCGUCCUGUACUUCGGCCUGCUGGCCGACGACGCGGUCGCCAUGUGGGACACCAAGCACAUGCAGUCCUUCACCACCGGCCAGAGGGUCAUCUCCAGGGACCACGCUCUGAUGCAGUGGCCCGACACCUUCGCCUUCGACGAGGAGGGCAACCUGUGGUGCGUCACCAACUCCGUGCAGAACUUCCUGAACAACCGGGUGGACGUCUCCCAGCCCAAUUACCGAGUCAUCAAGAUGCACUCCGGGACCAAGAGCUACCAGUACCUCGAGGACGGCAGCGUGCCGGACCUGCCCACCGUCACAGCCGGCGCCCGGAGGGCCGCCCGCGACCUGUCCGCCCUCGCGGCUCUCUUCGCGGCCCUCCUCGCGGCCCCCAUCGCGGCCCUCUCGCAGUAGAGGCCCCCUGCUCCUGGCGCAUCCGGGUGCCGCGCGAGGAGAGCGACGCGAUCGCGCGUAAUCUCAGUGGCCUUUCGAAGGGAGCGGACCGAAAGGGUCGUCUCCCGCGAGUCCGAUUUGGUACAAAUGAAUUUCCCUGUGAAUGAAUUACCGCGUCCGCCACCAAUGGGCCUCUCCUUCGCUCUAGCUUAACGAACGUUCUUUUGCGACCGGUGACCCUUCACCGCGGAAGAAAUGUAUGCACGCGUUAGAGCCUCUCACGUCGACCGAUUCUGGAAAUCGGUUUCUUGGAUGUUAUUCAAAAAUGGGAGAAAAUAGGGAAAGUAAUCUUUAACCUUGGCGCUAGAAGCGGAGCCACGAGUAGUCGUUAUCGUUAGAGUUAAGUACGUAGCGUUAAUUACUCGCUUGGAGCCUCGGUGGAUUUUUUCGCAGCGCGGAGUUUCACGGUAGAUUAUUUUCUUUUGUACUUUUCUUUCUCUCGUCCGGCCCAGGGCCGGCUCGGACGAUUCGACGCGUCCGUACUAACUUUGAUUCCGGUGGAGCCGUACCGGCAAUUGAUCUAAUCCGGGCUAAGAUUAGCUCAGCACUCGCCGCGCGGGACGCUUCGGAAAUGCCGGCAAUAAUCUCGCGUAAAUAUUUCGCGGGCCAUCCGGUGUGGUUCGCCGCUCUAUUUAUAAUAGGUUAACGCGAGUCCUUAGGAGCGCGUUCGACUCGGGUCGAGGGGUCGUCGCUUUAUCGGAAUCUUGACCCGAAAACGCGCCGAAAAGCCGCGGGGCCGAUCUCGUGGAACGUCCGCGAGCAGGACCGACAAAAGACGUAUCGAAAAAUACAAGUACCAUUUUAGAUUAUUUCCUACAAUUAGGAACUAUUCAACGUGAAAGUAAUCGGGGGACAAGUACCUCGCCGAAAAGGCGCGAACGACGCGUUUUUGUCGCGCGAAUAACUGCCAGGAUGACUUUCCGGAGCGGCAUAAUUAAUGUAAUUACUGUAACGAAGGUAAUAUAUAUAUUUACACACAUGCGCGCGCACACACGCAUAUAUAUGUAUAUAUAUUUACAUAUAUUUACAUAUAUUUUAUAAAAGGAACUAUGUCGCUAAGUUACAUUAAUUUUCUACGUUUACGUGCAUGCGCAGGGAAAUAAUUUCUUUUCGUAAGGGACGAAAGACGCGGAGACGACGAUCGUUACGGCGGGACGAGUUUCCUUCUUUUGUCGAUAAUCUUAAACAUAGAGAUCGUAUACCGACUUCGAGCUACCAAAGAAAUUCGAUUUCCACGACGAGUCGUUCUUUCUUAAAGAAGGUUAAUCCAAGGUGCUACAUCUCUUCGAUUUUCCUUCCCUUCUAUUCUCCUUUAUCGCCUGAUCGAAUAACGAAGGAUAAACGUUCUGUUCGUUUGUACAAACUUGAGGUACAAUAAAUUAUUCAGCGAACAA